UGCCGCCCCGACGACCGUCUAACCAGUAGUUUAGUUCGUAGCCUCCGCAACACGCUGUCUAUCUUACUAUCUAUUCUUCGAUGAAACAUUCGUUUUUCUUACACUAUUUAUAUUUUAUCAUUUACGUCCGUCGCUCCGAUAUAAACUGCACUUUGAAACUAUAUUCCUAUUCUAUCGCUUCGAGUCGCCCAUGAUAUAUGCCGAUUUCAUAAUUUACAUCGACGAUUAAACAUCAUUACGAAUUCGUAACGUAUUCGUGUGAAGUUCGUUAGGUUUCUCCUCUAAUUUCUCAUUCUUUGUAAUUUUAAUUCGCUUUUUUGCACUCCGACAAUCGGUUGUUUGGGGAUUUUUAUUCCUUUCAUCGAUACGCGCGAUCGGUAUCGUGCCUUAUGAUUUUCACUUUCAACUUUUCAUUCAGCGACUUGCAGGUGAUCCAUUUUUCUUAUUUGUUUUUUAUCAAUUUCGCUGGACACUUAUAGUCGAAUUUGUAUUACGUUCUCACAUAAGUGUUGGAAAAAAUAAUAUUUGCUGUACAAAUGAUUUUCGAAAAACUUUCUUUACAAAUAUCCUCGCCUCAUAAUCGAGAAAGUUCCUUCACAUUUUGUGCGUACAGGUCGGACGUAAUGGUGUAAUUUUGUUGAACAAUUGCUAUUUUCCUGGUGGUGAACUUGGACGCGAUAAAACAAGCGUCAUUGAUUUCUGGUUAAUCGCUAAUUUUUCGAUUCGAAAUUACACGCGUUGUGAUUAUAUCGUAGGGAGACUGUAAAAACAAUUUAAAAAAAAAAAUCAAAAAAGAAAAACGGAGGAUAACGAAGGAAUAAAUAAUCAAACGAUACCGUGUCCAUUUUUUUUAUUCUUUCAUUCGGAAGGCCGAUUGUGGAUUAGAACAAAGUCCGAUAAUUAUUGUAGAGAGAAAAUACACUGAAGAUUUGGAGGCAUAAUAUGUAAAUGGCAACUACGAAGACUGACUAUAAAGAGAAAAGUGCAGAAACUAAAAAGAGGAAGUAUUACGAAGGGCUCAAAAAAAAAAAAUGAAUAAAUAAUAACAAAUUGGAGGUGACAUAAUUUUACAAGUAUAUAUUUCGACGCUGCAGUAAAAUGCGCAUUGAGAAACCGAGAUAAUAAUUAUUUAAGGUUUUUCGUUUUUCUUUCUGUCCGUGAUCUUACCCAAGAGACUGACCCCUAGACUUCAAAAGCUCAAUGUACAAUAAAUAUAUUAUGAAAAAUUAAAGCACUGGAAACGAAUCAGUAAAAAAGUAAAAGUAAAGAAUGAAAAAUAUCGCAAUCGAUAUAUGAUGAUGAUGAUGAUGAACUGAUUCAAAUAAAUGUUUUAUACGUAGAAAAAAAAAAAAAAUAAUAAGUAAAUAAAGGAAAUAGAAAAAAAAUAUUAAAUUUUAUGCAAUUUGUAUCGACAUAAAUAUAUGGAUAUAAAUCAGUCCCACAGACAAUAUAACAGAUUAUAAAUAAACUAAAAAAAAAAGGAGGUACAUGGUAAUAAAUAAGCAAACCUUUUCUCAUAUAUGCAAUGGAUGAGGAAUGGAGUACCAGUGUGUUAUAGUCUAUACGGUGAUUUCACCUUCAACUACGGUUGCACCGUCAUUUCGUCUUCAAUUGGAAAGCACGAUCUCCCGUCCAACACCCCCCGGAUGCAUUGCCUGGAUAAAAGCCUGGAUUAAGAGAGCCGUUGCCGCCUACCUACGCGCAUUGAAUCUCAGUCCCAACAAUGCGGUUGUACAUGGAAAUUUGGCCUGCGUUUACUAUGAGCAGGGACUCAUCGACCUGGCGAUCGAUACUUAUCGUCGAGCUAUUGAGCUACAGCCAAACUUUCCAGAUGCUUAUUGCAAUUUGGCUAACGCACUUAAAGAAAAGGGACAAGUUGUCGAGGCCGAAGAAUGCUAUAAUACAGCGCUACGUCUCUGUCCCACACACGCGGACUCACUUAACAAUCUGGCCAACAUAAAACGAGAACAGGGCUACAUAGAAGAAGCUACUCGUUUGUAUUUGAAAGCCCUGGAAGUUUUCCCAGAAUUCGCCGCAGCCCACAGCAACUUAGCAUCCGUUUUGCAGCAACAGGGAAAACUAAACGAAGCACUGAUGCAUUAUAAAGAAGCAAUCCGCAUCCAGCCAACUUUCGCCGAUGCUUACUCAAACAUGGGAAACACGUUGAAGGAAAUGCAAGACAUUCAGGGCGCCCUGCAAUGCUAUACCAGAGCGAUUCAGAUCAAUCCGGCGUUUGCCGAUGCCCAUUCGAACUUGGCCUCCAUUCACAAAGACUCUGGAAACAUUCCCGAGGCCAUACAGUCGUACAGAACUGCUCUGAAAUUAAAACCAGAUUUUCCCGAUGCUUACUGCAAUCUGGCUCACUGCCUGCAGAUUGUCUGCGAUUGGACGGACUAUGAGGCGAGAAUGAAGAAGCUCGUCUCCAUAGUCGCCGAACAACUGGACAAAAAUAGAUUGCCCAGCGUCCAUCCGCAUCAUUCCAUGCUCUAUCCUCUGAGUCAUGAAUUUAGAAAGGCCAUCGCCGCUAGACACGCUAACUUGUGCAUCGAAAAGAUCCACGUCUUACACAAACAGCCGUACAAAUAUCCAAGGGAGGUGGGACCUCGCUUGAAGAUCGGUUACGUAUCGUCGGACUUUGGAAAUCAUCCGACGAGUCAUUUGAUGCAAUCCAUUCCUGGACUCCACGAUAAGACAAAUGUGGAGGUUUUCUGUUACGCUCUCAGUGUCGACGAUGGGACAGCUUUUCGUGCGAAGAUAGCCAGGGAGGCGGAACACUUCAUAGAUCUCUCACAGAUUCCUUGCAACGGAAAAGCCGCUGACCGGAUCAACUCCGACGGUGUUCAUAUUCUCGUUAACAUGAACGGAUACACCAAAGGGGCCAGAAAUGAAAUAUUCGCCCUCAGACCAGCACCCGUGCAGGUCAUGUGGCUCGGGUAUCCCGGAACCUCCGGUGCCAGCUUCAUGGAUUAUCUGAUCACCGACGAAGUUACUUCUCCGCUGGAACUCGCCAGCCAGUACAGCGAAAAACUUGCAUACAUGCCGCAUACAUAUUUCAUCGGAGAUCACAGACAAAUGUUCCCGCAUCUGAAGGAACGUCUUAUUUUGACGGAUAAACUUAACGCGAAAGGUAAAGUUGCGGACAAUGUGGCUGUCAUUAAUGCGACCGAUCUCUCCCCAAUGAUGGAGAGUACUCUUAUCAAAGAGAUCAGAGAAGUCAUAGUCCCGGAUUCUAAGAAACCGUUAGAAAUAUCGAUGAAGGUAGCCGAACUGCCGACGACCACUCCGAUAGAGACGAUGAUCGCCUCUGGCCAAUGUCAGAUGUCCGUCAACGGAGUCGUCGUCCAAAACGGUAUGGCCACCACACAGGUGAACAAUAAAACAGCCACGGGAGAAGAGGUUCCCCAGAACAUCGUGAUCACCACCAGACAACAGUACGGUCUACCCGAGGACGCGGUCGUAUAUUGCAAUUUCAAUCAAUUAUAUAAAAUUGACCCCCUCACGCUUCACAUGUGGGCCUACAUCUUGAAGCACGUGCCAAACUCCGUUCUCUGGCUCCUGCGUUUCCCUGCCGUCGGAGAGCCGAAUCUACAAGCUACAGCUCAACAACUUGGCCUUGCUCCCGGUAGAAUUCUUUUCAGCAACGUCGCUGCGAAAGAGGAACACGUAAGACGUGGACAACUCGCCGACGUAUGUCUCGAUACUCCACUGUGCAACGGACACACGACCAGCAUGGAUGUUUUGUGGACCGGAACACCAGUCGUCACACUUCCUGGUGAAACUUUGGCAUCGAGGGUAGCUGCCAGCCAACUCAACACCUUGGGAGCACCCGAGCUUGUCGCUAGGACGCGUCAGGAGUACCAGGAUAUCGCUGUUCGACUGGGAACGGACAGGGAAUUCUUGAAAGCGGUUCGUGCCAAAGUAUGGAAGGCUCGAUCGGACAGUCCGUUAUUCAACUGCAAAAUGUAUGCUCAAGGUAUGGAAAUGCUCUACGCGCGAAUGUGGGAGCGUUACGCUCGUGGAGAAAAACCGGACCAUGUAGCAGCCAUCGAGAAAUCCGAGAGUCAGAAUCAGAUGUCUGACUAAUCUCAAUCUGCCAGGUACUAGUUCUUUGCAUUGAUCUCUAGACUAAUGAUCCCUAAGUCCGUCUGCAGUCAGGGUUACUCCGAGCGUAUCGAGUAGCCAUCUUUGAAAGCUUUGCUUCUACUUAACGCUGUCCUGGUCGUAUCGAUAAUCAUUAUUCGUUGGCCACAAUUUUGUAUGAUAGUGUUGACGAGGUUAGAUUAGCUUUUAGGACUUAAUUUACCAUAAAUGAUUACGAAUUUGGUUGUGUAGAUGCAACAACGAGCGGUAGCAACUAUGCGUUAUUGCGACUGCUCGAAACGUCUGUAUGUAUGAAACACACGCAAAGAAAAAAAAAAAAAGAAAAAUUUCGCAUAAUAUCCAAUUGACGCAAGUACGAGCCUGGUACUUUUACUUUCCAGCUCCAUCUUCACCCAUAUUGUAUAAUACUUAAACUGCAAUUGAUUCGACUAGGUUGUAAAAAAGAUCACUGCUAUUCGCAUACGUGAUUCUUCGAGGCUUUUUGUGAUUUCAAUUUCACCGAUAGUCUGUCAUUUUACUAGACUAGACCGUACACCGCUACCUAAUAGCAAAAUAUCUGUGAAUUUUUAAUGUGAUCCUAUCGAAGCCUACGCCUCAGUUAUCGAAGCUAAUCAACUAUGAUUGUAUGAUAUUGGUCGACUAUCGAUAUACCAAACCUGUAAAUAGUUGAAAUAUAUUAUUAUUAUUAUUAUUAUUAUUAUUACUAUCAUUAUUAUUACGAUGAUUAUCAUUAAUAGUAGUAAUAUUAUUACGAUUAUUAUUAGUAGUAUUAUCACUAUUAUUUCAAUCUGAUAGUUUAUAGAGUGAAUCGGAAGUUCGGAAGCGUGAGUGGAGGUAUGAAGCAUUGUAACACAUGGUACAUCAUACAUACUGAUAAGUGAGUCGAAAAAAAUAUAAACGGUGUAAAAUCUGAUCGUUCAUAUUUCCACUGAAUCCGCCUCUUGAGUAUAUCCCACGGUGAAUUAUAAUUUCAACUAAUCGCUUCAUUAAUAACGCUCCAAACUCACAGAAUCCUUUCACAUGAUCGUGAUGCAAGCGAGUUGCUCAACUAUAUUUUUAAUACGCAUAUCAAAGAAGAAAAAAAAAAAACAUCCGAUGCUUACCUGGUUGGAUUUAUUUUUUCGAAUUUUCAAAUUAUCAUUUUGCGAACGCGUCAAUUUUGUCGAACACCCGUGAAUUCGAAUUGCGAAAUUAAAUUGAAAAUCAAUAAGUAAGCUUCGAGCUAAUUUUCUACGCGAGUUAUUUCAAUGUAAACUGGAUCCUGACAACCUACCAUGAAAUUAUAUAGGGCAUUUGACAUGAUACGAGCGAGCGGCGCAUUAAUUAGAUUCAAUUGUCUAGAGUUACAUAGUGUUCUGGUAAUUUGAUGCGGUAUAUGGUUCUACAACGGGGCUGCAUUCCCAAUCGUACUUUACUCGCUUACUUAGUAUUCAAUGUCCCGCGAGCGCACAAUCGAGAUCGGGUCUUUUUUUGCCUCGUUUUUUUUUUUCCUCUGUUGCAAUUCGAACGUCUUGUGAAAAGAUGUCGGCAAAAAUGGAAAAAAAAAUAUUUCAGUAUCCGUUCUCUUUUAACGAACAGGAAAUUUACGAUUUCUACGAUCUUCUUCACCCGUUCGAAUAGAAGAUAAAAAUCCCUUCCUCACGAUCUUGAGGACGACAUUUUACGAGCGCUCAGAGAAUAUAUUAUAGCUAUGGGCGAAUUUCUAACCGGGGGGAUCUAGUCUUUGAAGUUAGAAUGACAUUGAGAAGAAAAAAACGCAGCAUCCUUCAAUAAUUUGGAUUUCGAUUCGCUGCGCACUUUCCCAUUUAUUAAUAAAGCACAUACGCCACCUUUGUCUCUCCCGCUCUAUAUGUCCUUUUAUUCCUUUGCGGAAUUUCUCCCUAGAGGAAACAAAGGAGAAAGCGGUUUUGGGUAAGGCUCUCUACAAAAUACUUUAUAUUAUAUACGCUUAUAUUAUGUAUAUAGAUGUGCGAGAAACAUAUCUGCUUAUCUUUCGCUGAAAUUUACUAAUUCCGCUGUACAAAUCAACGUCUCCUAGAGAACAGAGCUAUUAUCAAAGCGAGUUGUGGUUACAGGGAACACAAAGAGAUGUAAUAAACACGGGGGCAACCCUUAGAGAAAACAGAGAUUCGAAAGCUCCGCACAAAACUUUGGUAAUGUGCGAAGUUGGAAAUUUCCGUCUCUUUAUAGCGGCGGGGGAACGAUCUGCGGUAGCGAAACGACAAUUAUAAAAAUCCCAUUCAGUGCGCAUUUCAAAAUUUUGCGUUGACAUUUUUUCUGGAUAAUUGAUUGGAGGGUAAAACUCGAAAAAAAAUAUCUAUAUUCUUCGGUCUUCCAACGAUAAAUUGUAAACUCUACGAGUCAAUUAGACGAAGGAAGAACCAUUUAAUUAAUGAAGAAAGAAAAAAAAAAAAAACAAAAUCAUUACUCCACGAGUGAGUUGGUGACCUCUUUCUUCAGGCAUUAGCUGCAUGCAUGAUAAAUGAAAACUUACACUACAUAUGUAUGUAGAAUUUUAAUUCGUUCCGCUGUGAGCCGUUCGUAGGUUUUUCGAGCGAGUGGUACGAGAAGUUUGAGUACAUAAAACGAAUAUAUGUACCUAUUUAAAACAUGUAUUCAUAUGGGUUUAAUAAAUCCUGCAUCAGUAGCGACGGAUCAGGUUUUCCCGUUAAGCCAAAUCCGAACGCCCGGUCCCGGUUGUUUCUAAAAGCUCCAGGCGUUCUUUGAAUACACGGUGUAGAUUUUUUUCAGCCACGAAACGAAACGAAACGAAUGAAACGAACACUACGUCGCAUAAUUAUUUAACGGAAGCGCUAGACAAAGAGCCAGACAGGGGCAUAUCGUAGCCCGAAAGUGAGACGCUAAAGAAGAUUCGUGGGGCCCGAAUAGCGCCCGGUCUAAAGAACGCGCGGUGAGCUAACCGGCCAAUCAACAACGCUCCAGGGACGCGCCGCAUCCAGCGUGCCCAACUUCUUCGCCGACCUGGCCUUUCCACGUGUAUGACCUGCGAUACCGAAUAAUGAACAAAUUACACCUGCGGGUGGCACUUGUGUGUCAACGUCGGUCGCGUAUGACGCACGACACCAGGUAAUUAAAAAAUUAUCGCGGUCUUUUUUCCAGAAAUUAGACGAAAACAAAAAAAAAGAAAACCCCGAAAUGCAAUGAAAAACGGAGGCGCGAUCACGUGGGGAAAAAGAAAAUAUUUUCCCUGACGCGACGUCCGUGACGACGUGUUCCGUUUUGCGUAUAAUUUGGAUGAUAAUGCGUAGAGCUUGAAAGCUCGCCGUCUCGGGGUGACCUUCGAGGGCGAAUAGGCGUGGGAAAGUCCCCCGCUUUUUCACAGCGAACACAGAGAACGGAUAAUUUUUUUUUAAGAAAAAUUAGAGUGUAUAAAUAUAUAUGCGUAAGAUUCCACGAUCUGUACAGCGAUUCGUUGUCUUCUCGGUUUUUUUCUUUCUAUUCUUCUUUUUUAUUUACUUAUUUUUCACGACAUUUACGUCACUCCUGCGUAUACGGGAUAUCGGAGGAGAGGAAAAUUUCAGAGGAUCGUUACGAUGGAAUUUUCUUCGGCUCCCUAUAUACCGUGUAUCUCGUCGAAACCACUGGCGAUUGAUUUACCGCAAAAUAUUUUCCGCCCGUAAUAAUCAACGUUCCAAAAAGCUUCUUGCGAGUGCUUUAAAAAAAUGUGUACUCUGUAACAAGUACCAUAAUAAUUAUCGUGUAUAUUCCGGGUGGGGGGAGGCUGGAUCUUAUGGCACACAUAUGUAUUUAUUAACGGGUACAGUGUGGUGCGACGUUGAGAUUCCCAGCGAAAAGAAAAAUAAAGGGGGUGAAAAAAUUUGCAGAAAACUGUGUUAAAAAUAAUUCAUCAGCCGCUUACUGAAUAAAUUAACUGUGUACGUCUGACUUUUGCGGAACUAAACCUGCGGGAGUUUCUGGAGCCGCGUGAAAAUACUCAACCCUUUUCGGCUGUACGUUGAUGUGCGACAAACCAGCUCUGCAGGGAAAGGACUACUGCGGAUUUUACGUGAAAGGAAAACGAAAAAUCCGGGAAACGAUUUUCCCCCACUACGGCCUCCCGUACAUCCAUCCUCCGACGCUUCCGUGCGCAGCUCCUGAGGGAUCGUAAAUCUUGUCGGUAUACGUCCGAAGGUUGGGGAGGUUCGCCUCGGGCCCGGUGGACCGUAUCCGGGAUUGGCGGCUCUCGGAUCCACCCUCUUCAGUUUCGGGUACUAAUAUGCGAUGUAGAAAAUAACCGGCCGACGCCUUUUUACCUGGAAAGCUACGAAAUCAUUGGGCCCCGAGUAAAAGCAAAACGACUCGUAACCGGCGUCCUCUUUUGCCGAGGACAUGGCGCGACCGGACGAACCACAAAGCUAGGAGGAGGACGCGCCCGAUAAUAUAUAUAUAUAUAUCGUGGGAAGAAUUGUCAAUGUGUCGAUAGGAGAGAGAAAAAGACUGACUGCUGAAUGCGGAGCCAAGCCAGUUUCUCACCCCCACUGACCCAGCGACGAGAUAUAUUGCAGCUGCAGGUAUUCCAGUGGCGUAUCAUACGGAUGAUAAAAAAUUCAGGCAGCGGUGGAGCUCGCGGCAAACAGCAGCAGCGUCAAAGUAUUGAUCGCGGGCACCGGAAGACCGAGUGACAGACGCCAAUGCGGGCUAUUUAAACGUCAAUUGGGUCAGCCUAGAGUCGAACGCGGAAUCUAUACCGCAGCUGUGUGGAGAGUCCGGAGAGGAACAAAAAGGAAACAAAAGCAAAGGGAACGAAAUCGAGAGAAAAAAGGAGGGCACAAAAUG